GCUUUCAUGAAGAGAGACUCACUUACAGCCGGCUUCGUUGCGAGAGAAACAUCAAGAGGAGGCAGAAGUCUUUAACGAAUCAAACCUCUUAGUUUCUGAACGAGUCGUAGACAUGAUGGUGGUAUCGGCCAAGUCGGUGGUUUGUUUGUGUUUCUUGUUUUCUGUUUGCCACGUUCGAGGAGCCUACAUCCCCCCGAAGAUGAACAGAACCAUCUUGAACCUCCUGAAGCACUACAACAUAUCAAAGGAGGAAAAGUAUAACGGGCAGCUCGUCUUCUCCAAAGAAGCGAUACCUGAGAAACUGCUGGAAAAGAGGGUGUUCAUGAGAGGCGUUUUGGAGACGUACGAGACGCUUAUCAGCAAGAUGUUGAAGGAGUUGCCGACCCCUCUUCCCGACACCAAAGGAGGUGUUGGUGAGGGUGGAGCAGGAGAAGACGUCCGCACGGAGCUGAACUACAUCCUGCAGAAGGUCCUUGAGCUGAAGAAGAACCAAUACAAGGAGCACGAUAAUCUUCUGAGUAGCCUCAAGAAGCUCAUAAGCAUCAAGAUGGAUAACGCUACCGUUCAGAGUAAAGCGUUGGGCGAACUGCCGUGGCUUUACGAGGAGGCGAGUGACCUGAACAAUGAGAUCCAGAGUAGGCGGAGAAGACGGCAAGCACGGAAGGUCAAAACUCAUCAGAGAGGCUGAAAUACACAAUAUCAACAUGGGCAGCAACGAAAAUAUUUAAUUUAAAAUGGACAAAUAAUAUAACGAUUGUUUAAAUAUCAAAUAUAAUCAAACAUUUUCUCUAUUUUCUCUGUUUAAGGUUAUUUAAAAAGAUAUUUAUGAAUAAAGACAUAUUUUUCACAUUGAUUCACAGCUUAAACCUAUAAGAUAUUGUAAUUUAGUAAAUAUAUAUAUAUUUUUCAAAAAGUGACAUACUUGAAAGAAGUGGGCGAUUUUAUCUUUGAUUACUAAUUUAAUAAUUACUCGCAAUAUCAUUCAAUUAUGACCUGGAAGUACUUGAUUUCUUGACUUUAACUUAUUUAGAAACUGCAGAUGUGAUGUUUAGAGGGAUAUAUUUAAUUAUUAUAUGUUUUAUUUUGAGUGGCUCAGGUAUUUAAAAAUUAUAUGGUACAAAGUACACCAUCGUUUACUGACAUGUACUUCAAUGAGGAGUAAUUUGUGAUUUUCUACGUUUAUGUUAUGUAUUUAAAGUGUUAAUUUAAUGACCAUGCUGAUGUGACUUAUUAUUUAUUCAUUUAAGUUAUUGAUAAGCACAUCCAGUCAAAUGUAACUGAAUAAAACUGAAUGAACAUUGUC